UCUGGACACAACUUCGGCUGAUGAAACAUAUGCUUAUGAGUUAUGUUUACGACUUUGUUGUAUUGCGGAAACAUUUGCCCGUCGUUUCAACAUUAAAAAGACAAUUGUUUGCCAACUGAUGCCGAGAUAUCGGACACGGGUAUUAGAUAUAAAUAGUUAUAAUGAACUAGUAAUUAAAUUCAAUAGAAUACUGAAGAGAGAGCUGUUAGGAAAAAACUGUUUGCAGUACUGGAAUAUAAAAGGUGUUAAAAACAGCCAGCGUCCAGUAUUUUGCGAUGGAGUCCAUCUGAACAACGAAUGGGGCAUGCGAAUUUACUACAGAAACUUGCGUGGUGCAAUUAUCCAAUGUUUAAAAUAAGAUUGGUAGCAGGGACAUCUACAUCGUAUGGUCCGUCAACAUAAGCAGCACAUUUUCAUUCAGGUUCACUUGCAACUAAAAAAGAUAAGUCUGUUCAACAUCUGCACGAUCUCAAGCAAAUUAUGAAUUAUAAUAUGUAAUGAGUAGUCUUAUUUAUACGGUUAGUGGACAAUGGUUUACAAUUAUGAAUUGUAAUCAGUAUGUCUGCGUUUUAUUACUGCAUAUUGUAUUUGAGAUCUCAAUUAUAUGAAAUGUCAUAAACAUAGAUAUAGAAUACGCUACUUAAACUGUGUACAGUACAAGUGGUAACAUUUUAUGUUGGUAUCAGAUACACUGUGAGCUGGCACAGUUGUAAACGUACAUUCCCGAAAGUAUGAGUUUGCACAGUGAGCUGGCACUAAUGCAUCUCAUAUAUAUGUUGAUACACGUACGGUUUAGAAUGUGCUAUGGCACAUACUUUAUGAAUUUGUAUGUACGCACGUGUAUCAUGUUUCUAUGUUCGGGCACUAUGAUAAUGUACGAUAUGUUCUGAUACAAAUAUGAUUUGUGUGCAAACACUUUCAGUUACUCACUUGUGCAUAUGCGUACAUUAAGUAGUUAUGAUGUCUUCUUUUAUUCAACGAAUUCAAUUGAGUACGAACGCUUUCAACUAUGGCUAUGAUAUGAGCAUGAUGAGCAUAGACAUGUAUGUUGGACUCAAUCAUUUUUGUCAGGCAUUUUUUUUUUAAAGCCAUGUUUACACGAGCGCUUGGUACAUCUUCAUUGUGCCAGGGCAAGCGGAUCUGUAAUCAGGCGAAGAUUCCUGACGGGAAGUUGGUUUCAGUUUACAACAAGCAUGUGAUUUGUAUGAUAUCACUUAAGUUUCGUAUUUUAUUCAAGGUAGGAACAUGCCACCUAAGAGAAAGAGGAGUCGGGUGACAAAAGCUGCGGAGCCAACCGAUACUCAACCAAAACGCAGCGCACCGUCUAAAGACCUGGAAAUCGUGGAUACAAUCCAAAACGCAAUACAAGCAGCCAUUCCUGGUAUUACGAAGGCGGUAAUGGAUGAGAUAUCCAAACAACAGACUAGUACUGACACCGCUAUAAUGCCAAGUCCUUCAGCGCCUGAGGGGGAAGCGGCCAAUGACAGCGCUGUGGAGCCUACGGUUAAUCUGGGUCCGGGAAUUUCAGGACCUAUGUACAAAUAUGGACCCAGUGCCAUCAGCAGUUCACCCAACAAUGCUAACACUCUGAAAGAUAUAGCGACAGCCAUUCUGAAGAAUUCCCUCGCUCCUACAUCAAGGGCAGCUUAUGAAAAAACAUUUGCUUUUUACGCUGACUUUAUGUCAACCUACUUUCCUAAUGUCUCUUUACUGCCUCCUACUACUGAGCAUUUGGCGCAUUUUAUAGCUUUUUGUUUUCAAAGUAACAUUGCAGCAUCAACCUUGAAAACUUACAUUUCGGCUCUUAGUUAUAAUUUCAAAAUUCAAGGUUUUGAAGAUCCAUCACAACAAUUUGUAAUUCGCAAAAUGCUACAGGGAUAUCAAAAGUUAAAAACAGUUGGUAGUGACACAGGAUUGCCCAUAACAACGUCAAUUCUGAAACAGCUUGGUUGGUGA